GCUCUCAUGUAGUUAUGGAAUGUAAUGUAUCAAGUGGCAUAAAUGGCUUGAUCCCAUUCUGGCAAGUUAAUGAUGAGGAUGUUGAUAGCUUUGAUAGCACCUACAGGGAACAGUUUUAUGAAGAGGGAAUGCCUCAUGGACUUGCUGUAUCUGGAACAAAAUUUAACAUUUCAAAAGUGAAAGUAAAGGAUUAUAUUCAUAAAUUUUUCUGUUGCUUCAUAUAUGGUUCUCAGCAAUUUACAGCCUACAUCAAAUUGGAACGCCCAGCUCAGAACAUUCAGGGUUACUUAAUUGGAGGAGGACUUUCUUUGAUGUUUUUGGUGUUUUUUACUCUCUUUAUCUACAAGAUCUUCAAAAUUGAUAUUGUGCUUUGGUAUCGGGACUCCUGCCAUCCUUUCCUGGGUAAAAAAGUUUCAGAUGGGAAGAUCUAUGAUGCUUAUGUUCUGUAUCCAAAGAACAGAGAGAGCUGCUUGUAUUCAUCAGAUAUUUUUGCCCUGAAGAUACUGCCAGAGGUCUUAGAAAGACAAUGUGGAUAUAACCUCUUCAUAUUUGGGAGGGAUGAUUUGCCAGGAGAAGCUGUGAUCAGCAUUGCUGAUGAAAAAAUGCAUCAAAGUAGAAGAGUGAUAGUUGUUUUAGUACCAGAACCCUCCUGCUACAGUGUUACUGAAGAUGUGUCUGAAAAGCAGCUAGCCAUGUAUAAUGCUCUUAUCCAAGAUGGCAUUAAAGUAAUUCUCAUUGAACUUGAAAAAAUACAAGAUUAUGCAGACAUGCCAGAAGCCAUCAAAUAUAUUAAGCAAAAGCAUGGGGCUAUCCGAUGGAAAGGAGACUUCUCAGAAAGGUCUCACUCAGCAAAUACCAGAUUCUGGAAGAAAGUUCGCUACCACAUGCCAUCCAGAAAAAAUGCAUCAGGAUUGCAUUUGUUACCGAAAGACUUUAAUUCUCCCUAA